AUGCAUGACUUCGAGCGCGUUACCCGCAACGUCGUCCGCACCUUCUACGACCCUCCGCCUACGAACGACUCCAACGAACCCAUAUGGCUGCUGGGCCAACGUUACGACCCCCGUCCUCCGCCAUCCAAGCCUACGCCUACUGAUUCCCCAUCCGCCGGGACACCCACGCCCCAGUCCGAGCGCAACGAAGAUGAAAGCUGGAUAAGGACCAGCAUCGAAGAGACAGAGCGCAGAGAAGCUCCAAAUGGCGAGGAUCCGGCACAAUACGGCAACUGGCCCUCUGCCUUCCUCGACGACUUCGAGUCGCGCAUAUGGAUGACCUACCGCUCUGGCUUCACGGCCAUCCAGAAGAGCCAGGAUCCAAAGGCAACAAGCGCCAUGAGUUUUCGCGUGCGCAUGCAGAACCUCGCUUCACCUGGCUUCACAUCGGACACGGGCUUUGGGUGCAUGAUCAGGAGUGGGCAGUGCAUCCUCGCCAACGCGCUGCAGAUACUACGUCUCGGGCGGGACUGGAGAUACCAAGAGAAGCCUGAUGAAAAGGAGCAUCAAGAGAUACUCUCCAUGUUUGCCGACGAUCCGAAAGCGCCCUUUUCUAUCCAUCGCUUCGUCGAACAUGGCGCUGCUGUAUGCGGAAAGUACCCUGGCGAGUGGUUUGGUCCCUCGGCAGCAGCACGUUGCAUACAAGAUCUAGUGCACAAGAAUAAGGAAGCUGGGCUGAGGGUCUACGUGUCAGGCGAUGGCGCUGAUGUGUAUGAGGAUAAGCUGAAGGAGAUCGCCAUGGAGGAUGACGGUGAAUGGCAGCCUACACUAAUCCUAGUCGGCACGAGGUUGGGUAUCGACAAGAUUACACCAGUAUACUGGGAAGCACUGAAGGCGAGCCUGCAGAUGAAGCAGAGUAUUGGUAUUGCAGGUGGCCGACCAUCAGCGUCACACUACUUUGUAGCCACGCAGGCGAACAACUUCUUCUACCUCGACCCCCACAGCACACGCCCACUCCUACCCUACCGCCCUCCUCCAUCGUCCACCGAGAGCGAGGCAGGAGCGUCAUCUUCCACACUAGAAGCCUCAGCAACGUCCACCUCGUCAUCCACGACCAUUGUUCCUUCAUCAAACGCAUCAUAUUCCGCAGAAGAACUCGCAACCUGCCACACACGCCGCAUCCGCCGUCUUCAGAUCCGCGAGAUGGACCCCUCCAUGCUCCUUGCAUUCCUCAUAACAUCGCAGGAAGACUACGAUAACUGGAAAGAAGGCGUCCGCAGCGUGCAAGGUAAGAGCGUGGUUCACGUGCAAGACAAAGAGCCAGCGCCGCGAGGACAGGAAAGAGAGGGUGCUAUUGACGAAGUUGAAAGCUGGGAUGAGGAUGGCUUACAGUAG